UUUACGCAUUACGCGGCACUCCGAUGGACACAGACAUUAACUAAACCCAAUAACAAAUCCAUCGCACCAAAAUAUCAACAAACAACAUUAUUAGCAGUCAACUCUUUAACUCCUUCUCAGCUCUCUUCUCUUCCCCCCACUCCAGACUGAAAAAUCGCAAGCAACAUGAUGUGGGACGAGUGGGUCGACGACGGCAACAAUUUUAAUGAAGCCCAACACCAUCAAACGGACCAAGACCAGCAGGAUUCUCAUGUUAAUUUUGAUUUCCUUUCUCUUCUAGCCAAACCCAAGGACUAUUAUAAAAUUUUGGAAGUGGAUUAUGAUGCUACGGAAGACGCAAUUAGGUCCAAUUACAUACGUCUGGCGCUGAAAUGGCACCCUGAUAAGCAAAAGGGUCAAGAUUGUGCCACUUCUAGAUUUCAAGAGAUAAACGAGGCUUACCAAGUUUUGAGUGACCCUGUCAAAAGGAGAGAUUAUGACAGCAACGGGAUGUUGUAUGUCUAUGACUGUAAUGUAGUUGACUAUCUAAACCGUUACAAGGGCCUUAUAUUAACAUGCAAUGGCCUUGGGAUGAGGCAUUCAAUUUUGUAAAGCCAAAUACCGUGAGCGAGAUGUCCCAAGGACAGUUGGGGCCGUUCAUGCUGCAAGUCACAAAUUUACUGUUACUACAAGUAGCAUACUAGCAUUGAAGGGAUAUAAAGCAGCGCAGUUUGUAUGUACGAGAGGUUAACAUUAUCAGACACCCUUGUAUAAAAUAGAUUACUUUGUCAUCUUAACAUCAUUGUAUAACAUCGUGGGGUGUCCAUUUAAUCUAUGCCGAGGAUUUCCUGGUCAUAUAAUCUUCUCACAGUAAACUUCUUGGCAUGGAGGGAUGAUCGACCUUUUAUUUUAUCUGGUAGCAUUUACAUGACUGAAUAAUAGAACAACAUAAUUAGGUUUCUGGUUUGGAGUUAU